UACAACAGACACAAACUUUAGGUUUGUUGUACCAAUUAUCAGCAACUUUGCACACUGGGUAUCAUUUACCAGUACCUGACAAUCACCUUAAUCUUUACUGGGGACAAAAUUAAUGCUUACAGAGUUCUGUCAACAAUAAAAACAAAUGUGCAGAACAAGUUGUAAUGGUUGGAAAAGUCCCUAAAUGACAUACAGACAAUGUAAUGUAUCUGGAAAAUAUAAAAUGAAAUCAUUAUCAUGCUAAUUUAACUACAAAUACAUCAUACUUUGGACCCCACAAAAGGUUAUUGAAUACAGCACCAUGUACAUUAAUAAUACCAUUCAACUAUGACAACACAAACAUGCAAAAAGAAAAAAUAUGCCCCUCUUGGACCUCUGACAGAAUAUCCAAGAAGUUAAUCUAAACCAGGAGCUAUGCCAGCCUUUUUGUCCCACAAAUACUUUCUUUGGCAGGCUAACAGAUCAAGUUCUGGGUACAAUUUGUUCCAUACUUGGUCACAGACUACAACAAGCAAGAGAACAACACAGCCUUUUCAAAAUGGUAGUGUUACUUUUGCUGUGUGUUGUCCUUCCUCUGACUUGUGGGCAACAAGAGGAAAGCUCUGGACCAGCAGACAGGUUUGUGUGCAGCCCUGUCAUCAACAUACCGAAGCAGACUUGCAGUGGCCAUGAUGACAACUCUGAGAGUCUGGAUACCUGCCUAAAUACCAUAGAAGACUUGGAACGCCAUCUUGAUAAGGAGAAAAAGAGAAUUGCUGACUUGGAGCAGCGUUUUGCGUCCCUGGAAGGUCAACAAUUGAAGGCCAAGCUGGGAACUGCUGCUAAUCCAGGACUGUCAUGCAAAGAAAUAAAGGACACUGUAGACCAAGCACAAGAUGGACUGUACCAUCUUCGUAGCCAAGAAGGGAUUGUGUACCAGACCUACUGCGACAUGACAACUGCUGAUGGUGGGUGGACUCUUGUGUCCAGCGUGCAUGAGAAUGACAUAUAUGGGAAAUGUACCACAGGGGACCGCUGGUCUUCAACCCGGGGAAGCACCACCAACUACCCUGAGGGAGAUGGAAACUGGGCUAACUUCUACACAUUUGGUUCAGUUCAAUUGGCAACUUAUGAUGACCUAAAGAACCCUGGUUACUUCAGCAUCAAUGCCUCUGACGUGAUGCUGUGGCAUGUGCCCAACAACACCCCGCUGUUCCAGUACAAGUCUGCAGCCUACCUGAGGUAUUACACGACUGAUGGGUUCCUUCAGCAGUACGGUGGCAGUCUAUACUCCCUCUUCAAGGAUCAUUUUCCAAUUGUCUACAAUGGUGGGACAGGGAAUGGACCAGCAAUUCCCAUCACCUGGGACAAUGGGAAUGACGACCUGCUUAAGUCACUCCUGGCUCCUAAUGUGCUCUCUGAGGCAACUCCUGGCUUUGUACACUUCUGUGUCUUCAACAAUGAAAAAGCCCCCCAUGCCGUGUGUCCGGGUCUUAAGUAUAACGGAGGUAAUGUUGAGCAUGCGUGCAUCGGAGGAGCAGCAUACUGGGCAGAGCUAGCCCCUCGUCAGUGUGGAGACUUUGCAGGCAAGGAUUGGAGCGGCUAUGGAACACACACUGGCUGGAGCAGCAGUCUCCUGGAACUGGAGUCAGCCAUUCUGUUCUUCUAUCGCUAGAAUCAAAUGUGUGCUAGCAGUAGAACAAAGACAGCUGAUGCAGUUCCAAUAUCAAUAAGACAAGACUAUGCCUAAUAUCUUCAGUGGGUUUUAAGCAAAUGUCUAGUAAAAGGAAAUGUCUAGUAAAAGUGUCAACUAGGGGUGGGUACGGGUACUGAAAUUCAAUAUAA